ACCAAAUUAAUAGACGGCGCUUUCGAAAGAAUUUUAUCGUGUACCAUUAUAAAUUCACUUAAAUGCAGAUAACAUUGUAAACGCAUUUCACAAAUAAUUACAAUUACGUACACUUUGUUCGAACGAUGUGAUACGAUGCAUGUCAUGCGGCGAGGUGACAAACCGUAAAACGAAACGUGCACACGGAAUCCAAGCCGAGAAAGUCGGCUCUAUCUCUCAGUCCUUUUCACCGAACAUAACAUUUCGAGAAUAAUGAUACGAAAUGUAUUUCGAAACGGCCAGAAGAUCUUUUGGAUCAGUUGUACAUGUAUCGGCACGUACAUUGCAUACCGAUAUUGGAAAAAACGAGAAUUUCUGGCAAUAGACGAAGGUUUUGAUGAGGUGUCUAAGAUCGAUGAUAAUCAUGAAAAACGGGUGCUCCUGUUAGGUUUAGACGGAGCUGGGAAAACAUCCAUUAUAAACCAAAUAUGCGUUGCGAACGGCGAUGAAACUUCGUACACCGUCCCUUCGAAACCAACAGAAGGUUCUUCUGUAUAUAGAAUAAAAAAUGGGGUCUUAUUUUACAAUGUUUGGGAUAUUGGAGGUUCAGACGCUACUAGAAAAUACUGGACUGCUUUCUUACAAGACACAGAUUUGUUAUUAUUUGUAGUAGAUGCGUCUGAUAUAAAAAAGUUAUCUUCCGCUGCUUCUAUUUUGAAACAAUUGUUAAGUGAUGCAAGAAUGGAUGACGUACCAAUUUUAGUAGUUGCUAACAAACAGGACUGUCCCAAUGCUCUGAAACCAGAGGAAGUUAAGAAAGCGUUAGAUUUAUUAAGUAUCUCUCCUCAUAAACACAAAGUAGAAAUAAUUGGAUGUCAGACAAGACCUCUUCCUGAAAUGCCAUCAGAAACAACUGAGUACACUUGGUACCAUGCAUCCAUGGAUUCUGUUAGAAAAAAAAUAUUCUAUAUGGCAAAAGAUAAUGUAUCUGCUCCUAUGUUUUGUUAAAAAAUACUUUAUAUGAGAAAGCAAGAAAAACUAGAGGGUUAAGAGAAAGAAAAGGAGGAAGUAACAAUAUGCCUAAUUCAGCAUAUUGUGUACAAUUUUUCAAUGAAUAUGAUAACUACAGUUUGUCCAAAAUGAACCUUUUUUAAAAAAAAGUAAUUCGAGCUUUAAGAAAAGAAAUGAAUAAAAGUGCAAUUUUUAAAGAUUUUUCAGCAUAUGAUCAUUUAAUUUUAU